UGCAUUGAGGAAAUGGGCGCGGGGGCGGCGCGGGGGUGGCGCGGGCUUCUGUGUGAACUGGGUUGCAGUGACUGUGGAAUUUGUGACGCUACUGGGCAUUGGGUGCCCUGAGGCGUCCUUUCCCUUUCCGCUUAAGGGCCGCACAGAUUUCUCGGCCCAGAAUGGCUUCGAGUUAGAUGCAUGAACCCCAGAGUGAAGGCCCCCAACAAAAAGACGGUUUCGAGAACUGCUGCUCUCAGAACCACGGCUUAAUCAGAGCUCCCUCGUAAAGGAAAUUCGGAGACGGAUUCCAGACGUGGCCUUUGUACUCGGCCUUUCUCUGAAGGCUGAGCUUUACCUCCCGGCUCCCUCUUUAAUUUCCAUCGGGUUAUGUGCGUGGUGAUGGUGGGAGCAAGUGUGAUAGCGGGGGUGUGUUCUGAGUUAGCCAGGUCGGGCUGAGUUCCAAGAAAGGCUCAGUGUCUCAAGAUUCCCGUCUUUUUUCCCCCAAUCCUGCUGAUCUUUAGGAAGGAGAGAAAGAGGAAAUAACCAUUUUUAUGUCUAUAUCUAUUUGUCUAUCUAAAGUAUAUGAGGACGAAUUUGUAUUUCUUUGUUCCGUGAAAUGUAACUUUUAUUUUUCUGUGCAUGGUUUAAAACCUUUGAGUCUCCUGAGAAAGAAUAAAAAUCAGUGCGGACUGAAAAGAGAAAAAGCAUUUGCAUUAAUCAGGCUGGGAGACAGGAGACAGAUAAAGCCAGCUGCAAAAUAGAAAUUAUUAUUUCAUGCAGCAACUGUAAAAUGCGAUCACAACUCCCUCUUUGAGAGAUUACAGCUGUUUUACCAGUGAAGCUCCACACUUGCUUUGCUAUUUUUUAUUUUUAUUACUGGAGAUACCCAAUUGCUAAACUACCCUCCCUUCAAGAUAGCACUUAGUCUCCAAUUAAUCCUAGCCUUUCCUAGUCUUACCUCAGAAACCAACCAUUCUAGAAUUGUUCCCCGCUUCCCAUACAUUCUCUUCAAAGUCCUUCAGCUGGAACUCAACCCUUUACAAAAGAGCUUUUCUUCUCCUCCUCCAUUGCAUUCCAACCCAUCCUGUGGAAUUUCCUCCCUCUCUUAAAUCAAUAAAUCUGAUUUUGUUGGACUCUACAGGCUUGUUCCAGGUAGUCUUUAACUGGUUAGGCUUUAACACGGGAAAUAUCCUAUCCAUCGACCUGGAGCUUUGCUCUUCUUUCCCAGUGAAUGAUAGGGGUGAUGAGGUUACUUCCUGCCUCCUCUCCUGUGGGUAUUCACAUGAACAUUUGGCAGUCAUUUAAUUCCUCCUGUGAGCUGUUGCUUUCUAAUCAUUUAAAUGGCUUGCAAGUAAACCUCCUGAAGGGAGGCCAACUGCAGAGCUUUAUUUUAGGCUUUGAUUUGUUGAGAGGAUUACAGUUCAGUUGGAAUCAUAUGCUAGGUGUCUUUGAUCUUCACCUCUGCCCUGAAUUCACAAGCAGGGAAAGUUUGGAGAUGGUUUAAUUGGUGACAGGGUUUUCUGCUUUUGAGGCUUGUAAGGAGUUGCAGUGUGACAGGGUUUUUAAGGGAGAGUACUGUGUUAACAAGGGAAGGGAACAGAAGAUGCUGGUAGAAAUUUGAGAAAUGGUUUGAAGUUUUUGACAACAUGAGUUGUUUCAGGCCAUAUAUUUAUGUGGUUUUAUGAGAGGCAGUUUAGUUAUGGUACUAAAUUACCAGUGUUCUAGUCCUAAAACUGUCAGUUAGAGCUGGGUGAAUCAGAGUAAUUUAUUUCAUUUCUUUGUGCUACAGUUCUUUCAUCUUUAAGAGGAUAAUGACAGAACCUACUGUAUAGGAUUGCUUUGAAUAGGUGAAUUAAUAUAUAUAAAGUCCUAAGGGGCACCUGGGUGGCUCAGUCUUUGGGCGUCCAACUUCGGCUCAGGUCAUCAUCAGUUCGUGAGUUCCAGCCCCUCAUCAGGGUCUGUGCUGACAGCUCGGAUGAGACGUUUAAAAAAAAUUCUGUGUCUCCGUCUCUCUCUCUCUGCCCCUCCCCCGCUCGCACUCUGUCUCUCUCUCUCAAAAAUAAAUAAAAAUUACAAAAAUAAAAAAUAAAGUCCUCAGAUAAUGCUUGACACAUAAAAAGUGUUCAGUAGAUUUAAUAGUUACUAUUAUGUUGUAAUUCCAUUUUUUUCACAUUUGCUUCAUCCAUCCACAUACUCCCUUUUGUAAAUUGUUGUUAAUCAAGAGGAAUUGCUUAUCAAUAUGAAGUUUGAAAUUUAUUAGCUAGCAUUGUAAGAAAGAGCAAGGCUGAGCUCAAAUUUUUUAUGGAAGAAGAAAAGAGCAGAAGAUAAUUUUCUUUAAUAAUUAGGGAAAGAAGAGUAUAUAGUAUUCUUCAUCUUCAGUGCUAUAGCUGACUUUUAUUUAAUGUUUAUUUGCUACUUUAAGUGCUUUCUUAUAUGUAGUGUCUUAUUUAAUUCUUAUAAUAACCCUUUGAGAUAGAAUUUAUAAUUAUCAACUUUUUUUUUUACAGGAGGCGACUAAGGCUGAAAAGUUAAGUAACAUGUCCAAGAUCACACAGUUAAUAACUAUCAGAGCUGAGAUUUAUAUCCUGGAAGUGUCACACCAAAGCCCAUUUUAGUAAUUAUAACAGUAUACCAAGUCUCAUCAUUAUGCAUACUUAAAAAAAUUCUUCCUGCCUUACUCAGUAACCUUUCAUGAUUGAAGGAAGAGAUAUUAAUCUGAUGACAGCUAGAAUCAUCAAGUUUUGUCCAGAUUAUACUGAAGCUAUGAGGUCUGGAGAUCUGGCUUAUCUGGACUCUGCGGUUCUCCAAAGAGAAAUCUGGAAAAGGACUGACCAGUUCUUGCAUUUUGAAACCAUGGCCCAUGGUUCAGUGACAUUCAGGGAUGUGGCCAUAGACUUCUCACAGGAAGAAUGGGAAUUCCUGGACUCGGCUCAAAGAGACUUAUAUAGGGAUGUGAUGUGGGAGAAUUAUAGUAAUUUCAUCUCACUUGCAGAACCUUCCAUUUCUAAACCAGAUGUGAUUACCUUAUUGGAUGAAGGGAAGGAGCCCUGGAUGGUUAUAAGGGAAGGGACCAGAAGACACUACCCUGAUUUGGAGUCCAGAUACAGGACCAAUACUUUAUCUCCAGAAAAGGACAUUUAUGAAAUAUAUUCAUUCCAGUGGGAGAUAAUGGAAAGAAUUAAAAGUUACAGUCUUCAGGACUCCCUUUUUAGAAAUGAUUGGGAAUGCAAAGGCAAGAUUGAGGGGCAAAAGGAACCACAAGAGGGAUAUUUUGGGCAAGUGAAAAUUACUUCUGAAAAAAUGACCACUUACAAAAAGCAUAAUUUUCUUGCUGAAUAUCAGAGAAUUCAAAAUGGAGAAAAGUUGUAUGAAUGUAAGGAAUGUAGGAAGACCUUUAUUCGCCGCUCAACACUUAGUCAACACCUGAGAAUUCAUACUGGUGAGAAACCUUAUAAAUGUAAGGAAUGCGGGCAGGCAUUUAGACAGCGUGCACACCUUAUCCGACAUCACAAACUUCAUACUGGUGAGAAGCCCUAUGAAUGUAAGGAAUGUGGGAAGGCCUUUACAGUGCUCCAAGAACUUACUCAACAUCAGAGGCUUCACACUGGUGAAAAGCCCUAUGAAUGUAAGGAGUGUGGAAAAGCCUUCAGAGUGCAUCAGCAACUUGCUCGACAUCAGAGAAUUCACACUGGUGAGAAACCCUAUGAAUGUAAGGCAUGUGGGAAGACCUUUAGGCAGUGUACACAUCUUACUCGACAUCAGAGACUUCAUACUGCUGAGAAGCUCUAUGAGUGUAAGGAAUGUGGGAAAGCCUUUGUAUGUGGUCCAGACCUUAGAGUACAUCAGAAAAUUCAUUUUGGUGAGAAACCUUAUGAAUGUAAGGAAUGUGGAAAGGCUUUUAGAAUAUGCCAACAACUUACUGUCCAUCAGAGUAUUCAUACUGGUGAGAAACCCUAUGAAUGUAAGGAAUGUGGAAAGACUUUUAGACUAAGGCAGCAACUUGUUCGCCAUCAGAGAAUCCAUACUCGUGAGAAACCCUAUGAGUGUAUGGAAUGCUGGAAGACCUUUAGUAGUUACUCACAACUUAUUUCACAUCAGAGCAUUCAUAUUGGUGAGAGACCGUAUGAAUGUGAAGAGUGUGGGAAGGCCUUUAGAUUGCUCUCACAACUUACCCAACAUCAGAGUAUUCAUACCGGUGAGAAACCCUAUGAAUGUAAGGAAUGUAGAAAACCUUUUAGACUGCUCUCACAACUUACUCAGCAUCAGAGUAUUCAUACGGGUGAGAAACCUUAUGAAUGUAAGGAAUGUGGUAAGGCUUUUAGACUUUAUUCAUUCCUUACUCAACACCAGAGAAUUCAUACUGGGGAGAAACCCUACAAAUGUAAGGAAUGUAAGAAGGCCUUUAGACAACAUUCACACCUUACUCAACAUCAGAAAAUUCAUAAUGGAGUUUAAAACAAGAAGGCCUUCAAUUGUACAUUAUGUAACAAUAUCAGAAAAUUCAUUUUUGAGAAAUUUGUUUCAUGCUUCAACUAAGUGUAAGAAAUUUUAUAUUAUUGGGGAAAAAAAUGUUGCUUUAAAAGCCUUCUAUCACCUUUCAGAUGUUUAUCUUUGGCAAAUUCAUUUGAGGGAAUAAUACAAUGAAUGUAGGAAAAACUUUAGCCUUAUCUGUCAUCAUCCCAUUUCACCACUUUAUUACCAGUGUGUUAUUGGACAAGGUACUUAAACUUCUGUGCCUCAUUUUGCUCACUUGUAAAAUGGUGAUAAUAGUACCUAUGUAUAUUAGUUAUUUAUUGCUGUAUAAUAAAUUACCACAAACCUAGUAGCUUAAAAUAAUACUUAUUAUCUCACAAUUUCUAUAGGUCAGGUGUCUGGACAUAACUUAGUUGGGGCUUCUCCUUUAGGGUCUCUCAAAGCUAAACUAAAGGUUUCAGCCAGGGUUGGGUCUCAUCUGAAGGUCUAACGGGAAGGGAUCCACUUUCAGCCUCACAUGGUUGUCAGCUAUUGCACUGAGGUCCACAAUUUCUAGUUGGCUGUUGGUUGAAGGCUGACCUUAGUUCCAUGCUACAUGGGCUUCUUCAAAUGGCUGCUAUUUAAGUGUGCAAGUCAAGAAUGUGGUAGAGCCUGCUAGCAUCACAGAAGCUAUAAUCAUAUGUGAUCUAAUCACCAAAAUGACACCUUUGCUGUCCUCUACUGAUUAGAACCAAGUUACUGGGCUACCCCACACUCAAGGGUAGAGAUUGUAGAGGAUUUCACAAGAGUAUGAAUACCACAAUGUGGGAACCAUUUCAGAGUCAGCCUGCCAACACUGUGUGACAGGAUUGUCUUGAGAAUUAAUUAGUUAAUGCUUGGAAAAAUAGCAGCCACAUAGCAUGUUUUCUGUAAAUAUUAUCUAUAGUCGUUAUCAUUAGUAUUAGUGAAUUCAUAUAAAAAUAUACUAUAGAAGUAGUAAAUGUAGAAAUGCCUCAUGUCACUGCUCAGCACUUAAUUAAACUUAAGAUAAUUUAUUCCAGAUAAAAUCUAAGACGUUAUAUGGAAAGUGAGAAGUUCUUCAUCAUUUGAGCAUUUGAGCUGCAUCAGUAAUUUCAUGCUUAAAAGAAACCUUAUGAAUUUCAUGAAGGUGAGGUUAAGAUUACAACUGUUGAAGGAUCAGAUAAAAUACGGAAUUAGUUUCCCAUAAUAAUUCCAAAAAGUAAAUGUUUUGCAAUCCCUGUUGUUUGACCACUGUUAAAGAUGAAUUUGAAAUUAUUAAAAAGAUGGCAGGAAACUCACCAGUUGGAAGUUUAAUAUUGUGUGUGCAUGUGUGUGUGUAAAACUCUUGUAUAAAAGAAAAAACAUUUCCUUUGUAGUCAGUUUUCUGUUUGAUCAAAUUGCCCCAUCUUCAACCAGUGGGAGUUGGGUCUUUUGAUAUGAUCCCCCUAGUAGUUUGAUAGUUUACUUGGUUACAGCUACACAGUUUGGUCAGCAAUGGAAGAUGCUUGGGUACCAACUCAUCCUGAAAAUUGAUAAGGAGAAAAAUGAGCACUUCUUUUGCUUUUUCCAUGUGGACCAAGUUUCAGGGCCACCAAAAGCUCAUCAAAUUAAAAGGGUUUGUUUGUUUUUUUAAAUAAUCAUUACAAAUAAACAGAAUGAUAGGAUUAGAAAAAUCACUAUUUUCUAGUUCCCUAGUAGAAUAAUGGGUCCAGAAAAUGAUCUUCAGUGGAUAUUAACACUAUUGAGUGAAAUAUUUUAUAGUGAGAACUUUACAAUGGAUUUAUCAAGCUGACCACCUCUGAGCCCUUUGAUCAAUUUUAACCUCUAUAAAAGUGGGACUAUCAGACAAUAUCCACCUCCUGAUAAAAUGCAAUAGGAAGUACACACCACCACCUACAAAGCCUUACUGCCAAAACAAUGAACUGAAGAAAGCAAACCUUUAAAUCAAAUUCUUUAAAACAAGAAUUUGGGGAAUAGCUGAACAAAGUAAAUGGCACCAGAAGGAAGCAGCCAAGCAGACCCAGAACUGUAAAAUUCUACAAAAUAAAUGAUCUGAUUUCUUCAACUUAAUGAGUGAUAUGAAAAAGAAAAGGUAAGGGCAACUGUUAAUUGAUUAAAAGAGACCUAAGAGACCUAUCAACUAAAUUCAGUACAUGGGCAUUACUUGGACCUAGUUUACACAAAAUGUAAAAAGACAUUUUGGAGACACUGGGGAAAAUGUGGACACGCACUGAGUAUUAGAUGAUAUUUAGAAAUACUCAUUUUGUUAGGGAUAAUGUUAUUGUGGUUAUUAAAAAAUAAAAGGUUCUAAGUGUUAGAGAUACAUACUUCUAUAUUUAUGAAAUGGUAAGAUACUGCAUUUGCAUUAGAAGACUCCAGCAAAAGAAAAAGAAUUGGCACAGAGAGUUGGGAAGUAGAGUAGUAAAAUGUUAAUUACUGAAGGGUAGUGGUUUGUUUUUUUGGGGGGGGGGGUCAUUGUUCUAAUAUUUUCUAUUUUCUACUUCUUUAAUGUGUUUGAAAGCUUCCAUAAUAAAAUGUCUAAAAUCAAAACCGAAAUUUAUAGACUUAGAAAUGAUUGUUGAUGAGAUGUGUGUAUCUAAACUUGUCAGAUGUCACCAGAAUUCUGUUGGGUGAGAAAUUCAUCCCCUUUAACGCAUUAAGGAAAUUUCGUUUGUGGGGCCAGUCUUCAUCAUCUUCACCUUAUCUAUGCCUGUCAGAUAAAUAAAUGUGUUAAGGGAAUGAGUAUUUAUGUCAAGAAACCAGAAACAGAAAAAAAUAAAACCUACACAAGAGAAGUAGAGCACAACUAAAAAUAGAAAUUAAGGAUUAGACAGUAGUAGAUUUUAACCAAUGUUAAUAAUGACUAGGUUCUGGAGGAUCUAAUAAAGAAAAAGAAAAUGAAAGAUAAUACAUUUAGAAUAUUGACAAAGGUGGCAUAGCUACAGAUUAUCAAGAAAAAUUUGCUUUAAUUAUAAGGUAAUACUGUAUAUAUGUGCUAUAUGUAUUCUAGUACAUAAAUACAAAAGGGUUACUUAUUUUUUGCUGUAGGAUUCUGUUAUGACAGUUGACUCAAAUAGACCAACAAGCAAAUGUGUGUAUAUGAACACCCUGUUUAAGAAAAAACUCUGGUAGUUGUAUAGGUAAAAGCUUUAAAGAAUAGAUAAUCUUUCACAAAAUUCUACCAAUUAAUUCCGCACAGUUAAUCCUGAUACAAACCUAGAUGAAGAUCGCUCCUAAAAAGCAAAAUCUAGACCAACUUCGUUUAUGAAGAUUCUACCCAUCUUAAUUCUAAAUAAGGUAUAUUUAGAAUUUAUUACAAAAUCUGUCUUGACUAAUCCAUGUGUUGCCUUUCCCAAGUAUCUGAUAUCUGCAGGGGACCAAUGUUUAACAGAGUGUAGGGUCUUAAUCCAACAUUCUCCAUAAGCUUGUUUUGGGGAAUAGUAGUCCUUGGUAUUUGGGGGAAAAAAAACGAUUUCUCGGGAAAAUGUGUAAAUUCAGCAAGGCAUUAAAAAAUCUACCUUUGGGGAAAUCCAAAUAGACAUUAUCAGUUUGUUAAAAGAUAUAGUAAAGAGAUGAUUACUUAACACAGGGUAUCUCAAAUUAAUUCAUUGUAGAAUUCUCAUUCCCAGUAUCUCUUACCAUCUUUAGAAUGUGAACCACUUUGGUAGAUGCUUCCAUUACCACAAUGAAUGUCUUCCAGGACAUCAUUUCAGACAUUAUGGUGAGUGAUUGUGUCGGGAGGAGGUAAGGAAGGACACUUUUCUUUGCAGCUCACAUCAUAUUCUGAAAAGCUUCCUGCUUGAAUUGAGGGUUAGUGCUUUUCUGUAGAAUGUAGAAGAUUAUAGCUUGGUCCUUGAUAUGUAUAUAUUAAACAUGAUUAAAUAGUCUGUUAAAUAGUGAUUAGGACAUAAACCAUUUUCAGUUGUAAUAAAAAUGCUAUAUUGAAUAUCAUUUUGUGUAUUUUCUGAUUUCUUUAAUGGGUGUAGGAAUCUAAGGUGCGUAUCUAGAAGUGAAAUUGUUCACGGUCAGCCAUACAUACAUAUUAUUCGCCAACACUGCACUAAUUUUGAAUCCCUCCGAUCAUUGAAAUGGGCAUCCGUAUUUUCUUCUGUUAUUGGUUUCAACAUUUAAUUCUCUGAUUACAAAUGAGUUGGGCACCUGGGUGGCUCAGACGGUUAAGCGUCCGACUUUGGCUCAGGUCAUGAUCUCAUGGUCCAUGAGUUCAAACCCUGUGCUGGGCUCUGCUGACAGGUCAGAGCCUGGAGCUUGCUUUGGAUUUUGUGUCUCCCUCUCUCUGUCCUUCCCGGCUUGUGCUCUGUCUCUCUCGCUCUCAAAAGUAAACACAAAAAAAGUUUUUAAGGGAGUUGAGCAUCUUUUUCAUAUAUGUUUAUUGGCCAAUCGUUUUUCUUACAGUGCUUUUUUUAUUCAUGCAUU